AAAAAAAAAGAGAAGAGAAGAAGAGGAGAAUCAGUUUGUUGGCUGGAUAGUAGCUUGGGUGUGAGGGUAGACAAAACUAAAAAAAUAAAUCUUGUAGAGAGAGAAACAAGAGAGAGGAAAAAUAUUUUUUGUCUACCAUUUUUCCUUUCUUUUUUUUUCUCUCUUGUUCCUCCUCAACCCUUUUGAAAUCAUCCUGCAAAGGGCAGUCAAGAAAAAAGAUAAUCUAUUUUUUAGAAAAGAAAAAACAAAAGAUUUUUUCUUGUGUGAUUUCAAAUCCUUCAAUCUCUGUUAUUUCUAUACUUUCUCCAAAAAAAAAAAAAAGGAGAUACAACAAUUUAUUUUUUUCUUUUGGAGUCUCAAAUUUUUUUUUGCAAAUUUUGUCCACCACCUGCAUUUUCUUGUUGCAGUUGUUUGAAAUUUAUAUUUUUACAAGAAAUGUGACAUUUUGGCAUUUCUACCUCUGCAAUAAAAAGCAGAAAAAGAUUUCAUUAGACUGCCCUUUUUUGUCCCUUAUUUUCUGGUAAGUUUUACUCUUCUGCAUUUUUUACAUUUAACCAUCUUUUGGGGUUUUUGGAUAUUUAUUUUUCUGUUGAUUGCUUGCAAAUUCAGUUAUUCUCUGAAUACUUUUUGCUUUUUCUCUUUUUCUUUUUUGGUUUGGCUUGUGAAAUGCUCUUAUUUUAUUUGCCAACCCCUUUUCAAGAAACAUUUUUUUUUAACUAAGUUUUUGGUUUUUUCCUGUCUAUUCAUUUUCCAGAUAAAAAUUGAAUCUUGGAGAUUUAUCAACUGAAUUUGUACAAGUGUUGAUGAAGGAGGUGUUGUUAUAGCCUAAGUUUAAUAUUAGAAAAAUGAGAGACCCCAAUUUUAUCAUUUCUAUCAAUAGGGUUGAUUUUAUUUUUCUUUAACUUGUAAUAUAGUUUGUGUAUAGUGUAAAAAUUGUAUAGACAAGCAAAUAGUGGUGUAUUUCUUGUUUUUGUACAACUUUUUUGUGUGUCCAAGUGAUUUUUAAUUGCUUGGAGAGUAAUUUUGUACACGAAAGCUGGCGAUUUUGUGUGGCAUUUUGUAUAGAGUCCUUGCUGUUGGCAGAUAUUGUUACUGCCUUAGCCACUGAUACAUAUGGUUCUUCAAACCAUGGGGGGUAGAUGGAACACUUAUGGAAUCAAGUUAUCAUAUCUUGCUCUGUUGAUUAUCGUUUUGGAGAUUCGUGGUUGUUGUUCUCUUAAUUCGGAAGGAUUGGCAUUACUGAGAUUCCGCGUGAAAGUGGAUGCUGAUCCGUAUGGCAUUCUUGAAAAUUGGAAUCGAGAUCAUUGUGACCCGUGCAUGUGGUCUGGUGUCCAGUGUAAGGAUGGUAAAGUGCAAAUACUGGACCUUCGUGGAUAUUCGUUGAAAGCAAAACUCGCACCAGAACUUGGAAAUCUCACUCACUUAAAAUCACUUGUGCUUUCUGAAAACCGUCUUUUUGGUGCUAUUCCUAAAGAAUUUGGACGAUUCAGAAUGCUGGAAGUGCUUGACUUGAGGGAUAACAAUUUGAGUGGAAGAGUUCCAGCAGUAAUAGGAGACUUGCAAUCACUUAGAAGUUUGUUGAUUUGUGACAAUAACUUCGAAGGGAAGAUUCCUUUGGAAAUAGGGAAGCUUCGUCAGCUCUCAGAACUGCAAUUUGAUGAUUACCUCACCUCUGGUGUUGCUGCUGGAACUGGCUGUAUAAAUAGAAAAUUUGGGCAUUGCAUCUGGCAUGGCAGUUUGAGGCCAUUUAAGACCAUAGGCUCCUUUAUCAGACCAACUAAAGGGAUGCUAAUAUGGUAUUUUAGUUUCUUCACACUGUUCCCGCGUUUUUUGGAUGCUCAUGCAGACUUCUGCUCUGACCUACCAAGUUCGCCUAUGCUUCACAUUAUCCAUGCUGUAGAGAACCAAGCAAACAUUGAACGCCGUAAGUUAGUUGAACAGCCCAGUAACCUUGCUGCUGCUCCUGCUAAUGGAGGGAAACCAUUAGGACUUGUUAUUCCUGUGCCGAGCAGCAGAAGUAGUGGUUCAUUUCGUGCUGUGCCAAAUACUGAAGGAACUCCUCCUCCUCCUCUGACUAUACCAUCACGGACCACACCUCAACAUCAUCAGCCUCCAAAUCCUGGGGGACACUCUAAUGAUGCUGCUAAACGGCCAACUCCUAGUCAAUCCCCACGUGGUGGAAAGUCUGGAAGUACAUGGAAGUAUAUAGGAAUCGGCACUGGGGCUUUUCUGGCUGCAAUUUUUGUGUGUCUGAUAUUCAUCUGCAAGAGCAAAGCUGCGCGAACAAUAGGCCCUUGGAAGACUGGAUUGAGUGGACAGCUGCAGAAAGCAUUUAUUACAGGGGUCCCAAAACUAAACAGGCCCGAGCUAGUAACUGCAUGCGAGGAUUUUAGUAAUAUUGUUUGGAAUCAAGAUACAUUUACAGUAUACAAGGGAACUCUAUCCAGUGGAGUAGAGAUUGGUGUUUUGUCAACUGCUAUAAAUUCUCUGAAAGAUUGGUCCAAGCGUUCUGAAUUGGCCUUCAGGAAGAAGAUUGAUUCACUCUCAAGGAUAAAUCACAAGAAUUUUAUUAAUCUAAUUGGAUACUGUGAGGAAGAUGAACCUUUCACAAGGAUGAUGGUCUUUGAGUAUGUAACGAAUGGAACACUUUUCGAGCAUCUCCAUGAUGAAGAACUUGAGCCUCUUGACUGGCCUGCAAGGAUGCGAGCUAUAAUGGGGACAGCAUAUUGUCUUGAGUACAUGCACAAUUUGAAUCCCCCGUUGUCGCAUUCUGAUGUGAAUUCACACUCCAUAUUUUUUACAGACGAUUAUGCUGCUAAGAUAGCAGAGCUUGCUUUCUGGUCAGAAAUAAUGGUCAAGUCAAAGUCAGCCAGUGGUGAUUUAGAAAACUCUGAGCUGCCACCACUUGCUGAUCCCGAAACAAAUGUCUAUAGUUUUGGGAUUUUGUUGCUGGAAGUAAUAUCUGGAAAGUCACCUUACUCGGAACGAGAGUCUCUUCUGAGCUGGGCGCAACAAUGCCUUAAUGACCGACAGAAUCUGAGCAGCUUGGUUGAUCCAAAAUUGAAGUCCUUCAAGAAUAAUGAACUGAUGAUUAUCUGUGAGGUAAUUAGAGGUUGUCUUCAAGAAGAUCCAAGGAAGAGACCAACAAUAAAAGAAGUCAUUACAAAGCUAAGGGAAGCGAUUGACAUUCCACCCGAUGCUGCAGUUCCAAGGCUAUCUCCCCUCUGGUGGGCUGAACUCGAGAUUCUAUCCUCUGAGGCAGCUUAAACUGACUAGUGUGUCUACUUUUGUAAGUGGAGCGUUUGUUUUGCUAUGCAUAAAUGUACUAUGAUAUACCUCACUAAUGUCAACUGCAAGUCCUGUGUACCCAUUUUUCUGUUCAAAAUAUUUAUAUUAGUUCAUUCUUUUAAUAA